UCCUCGUUGAGAUACUGACAGCAGAGCAAUACGCCUGGCCGGGGCUUGCAUUGAGACGCGAUGAUGAGGCAGGCAGCUCCUGACAUGUUUUAGUUUCAUAUCGGAGGAUGUUUGCAUAGUUCUCUUCUGGAGAAAACAAAACAACAAACCGGCUGCAUCAGGUUACGAUGCGUUUUUAAUCUGGCAUCAGGAAAGUCUGUUCUGUGUCAGCUAAUCAAAAAGAGCAAAAUAGGUGUUGUUGGAAACUAUAAAACGAAGCAACUGUAUCAGCAAAACAAACCAAAUCCAAUAGUCAUGGAGAGGGAGGAGCGGGGAGUCUGAACAGCAACAAGCAUCAACAUGCAACAGAACUGAACAGAGCAGCGAGAGGAAGCACUCUGACUACCGGAAAAAAAACACUACCGCCCAGCUCACAGGACAACACGGGUCUCACACUAGAGCUGUCUGUCUAGUCGGGGGGUUAGGAAGAUGCAUCCCAGUCGGGCAGUGGUACAAGACGGUAACGCGAGCACAGUGGUACUGGGUUCGGGCAGCGGCAGGGGCAGUGUGUCCAGGCUGCUACAACAGAGCAACGCAUUGCCAGCCAACAGCAGCCGAGACCCCGCGCGUCCUGAGUACCAUCACAACCAGCAGCAGCAGCACUAUCGCUGCCACGGCUCCAGCCUCAUGAGAGACCCCGGCCAGCGACACCCAGAGCCGGCGCAGCUGCUCCACAGGGCGCUGGAGUUCAAGAGCCAGGGGACCCAGUGCUACAAGGAGAAGAAAUACAGGGAAUCCAUCGGGAAGUACCACAGGGCGCUACUGGACAUGAAAGCGCUACACACGCUGCUCGGGGAUCAAGCUACCACGAUGUGUCCGUCCUCAGCGGAGCGUCCGCAGGGGGGUACGCCGGGGCUGAGCGAGGAGCAGAAGGAGAUGGUGGAGAACGCCGAGGUCGAGUGUUACAACAGCCUGGCAGCCUGUCUGCUGCAGAUGGAGCUGGUGAACUACGAGAGAGUGAAGGAGUACUGUCUGAAGGUGCUCAGGAAGGAAGGGGAGAACUUCAAGGCUCUGUACCGCUCUGGAGUGGCCUACUACCACCUGGGGGACUACCACAAGGCCCUGCACUACCUCAAGGAGGCCCGGAAACAGCAGCCCACAGAUACCAAUGUUAUCCGCUACAUCCAGCUGACGGAAAUGAAACUCCGUCGCUCUGCUCAGCGGCAGGAGGAGGCCUUGUAAACAGAGCCUGUUGCUAUGGGAACACACCAGGAGCAGCGUCUGUGAGCUCUGAAAGCUGCUUCAUCAACCAGUCACAACUCUGGACACUGAUUGGAUAUGUGCCUGCGGUUUCCAAUGGCUGAGGGGAGGUGGGCGGAACUGGGGCAGAGCCUGGCAUGUGGAGUUUUGGGGUUGUUUUGAGUCACUGUUAGCACUGUUUGUCCUUUGUUUAUGUAAGUAACAAAUUAUCCACAUUCAUAUUCUUCCUUGCAAAAUGGUUUAUUUUUUCACUACCCACACAGAGCUGUCCUACUCAAAAAUCAAUACAGACACUUAAAGGCAUCAGCUUAAACUGCAGUGCUCUGCUUCUCACAAGCUGUACAUCCACUAAUGGAAAACAGCUUUGCUGUGGAGCACCAGACAGGGGGGUCAUUAACUUUUAAAACACAAGCUUUCAACACUGCGGUGGGUGAACUGUAUUGAUUCAAUGGAUUGGAGUUCUUCUCAUUUUUAAUGCUGUACAAGUCAUGAGAAACAGUCAAUACCAAGACAUGAGAAACACAGUCAAUACCAAGUCAUGAGAAACACAGUCAAUGCUGUACAAGUCAUGAAAAACACCGUCAAUACCAAGUCAUGAGAAACACAGUCAAUGCUGUACAAGUCAUGAAAAACACAGUCAAUACCAAGUCAUGAGAAACACAGUCAAUGCUUUACAAGUCAUGAAAAACACAGUCAAUACCAAGUCAUGAGAAACACAGUCAAUGCUUUACAAGUCAUGAAAAACACAUUCAAUACCAAGUCAUGAGAAACACAGUCAAUACCAAGUCAUGAGAAACACAGUCAAUGCUGUACAAGUCAUGAAAAACACAGUCAAUACCAAGUCAUGAGAAACACAGUCAAUGCUGUACAAGUCAUGAGAAACACAGUCCAUACCAAGUCAUGAGAAACACAGUCAAUACCAAGUCAUGAGAAACACAGUCAAUACCAAGUCAUGAGAAACACAGUCAAUACCAAGUCAUGAGAAACACAGUCAAUACCAAGUCAUGAGAAACACAGUCAAUA